AUGCCAGUGAGACUGGAAGGCUCUACCAAGAGACGCAUGGCUGCCAAUGCCAGGGAAAGAAGGAGAAUGCAAGGACUGAAUACCGCCUUCGAUAGCCUGAGGAAAGUAGUACCACAAUGGGGUGAGGACAAAAAACUUUCCAAGUAUGAGACUCUGCAGAUGGCACUGAGCUACAUCAUGGCACUGAACAGAAUCCUCUCAGAAGCAGAGAGGUACAGCAGGGCUGAUCCAGGGGAAUGGACUAAUAUGCACUAUGAUCACAUUCAGGAGGAGCAGUGCCUCAGUUAUAUGGGGGUGAGAUGCCCAAGAGACUGUGACCGCUACCUACCCCAGACUUUUUCUCACUAG